AUGGCCGACCAACCCGUUAUCAGGUUUGCGACUGAGGAGGACAUCCCCACAAUCCUGCAAUUCAUCCAAGGGCUCGCCGCUUACGAAAACGCCUCGCACGAAGUCGAAGCAACCGUCGACUCCCUCCGCGCAACUCUCUCCUUCCCUUCCUCCCCUCCCAAAUGCUCAGGCGCUUACACCCUCCUCGUCAGCCCUCCAGCCACCCCCACUGACCCCACCCCGUCGCCUGCCGGCAUGGCCAUGUUUUUCUACAACUACUCGACCUGGCGCUCGGCACCGGGGAUCUAUCUCGAAGACUUAUUCGUGCAGCCAGAACAACGGGGCAAAGGGUACGGACUUGCUCUGCUGCGGCGAUUGGCGGCAGAGGUAUGCAAGGUUGGCGGGAAGCGAUUGGAGUGGAGUGUGCUGCGGUGGAACGAGCCGAGCAUCAAGUUCUAUAAGAGCGAGAGUGUAGGGGCGAAAGGGAUGGAGGAGUGGAUGAAGAUGAUGAUGAUGGUGGAUGGGGAGGCGCUGACGAAGCUGGCGGCGGCGGAUAGGUCCUUAGGCGAAUUUUUUGAUUGA